AUGGUAACACAAGUUACUGUGGCGGAGCUGGACCAGGCGGAAGAUGUGGGGUUCUAUUUCAAGUAUAUUGGCGGCAUUACCUUUGCGAACUUGUCAUCGGCGCUCGAAGCACCGGGUGCCACGUCCAUGGUGACGGCCAGCAGCAAGCACGGGCUCGUUUUCUUCAGUGACCUUUCAGGCGUGUACGCGGUUCGGACAGACGACCUCCUACCCAGGCUUUGUACAAAGGUUGCCAGUGAGAGCUAUGUGACCCCCCGGCCGGCAGACGUUUGCCUCUGGCACAAGCCGCUGGGGGGAAUCACGCAGCUGGCACUGUCGACAGAUGAAUCUGUGCUGGCAGCAGUUGACGGACCGGCAGGCAGCCUCGGCGGCAUUAAGCAGUUCUCCUGGUGCAAGGCAGUGGAACAUCGCGCGGGCAGCGGCAGUGGCCCUGGCGUGUUCCUUGUCGUGGACGCUGACCGGUCACUGCGUGUUGGGCGCUAUGGCGACGCCGAUAGCUUUGUGGUGGUGGCUUCGUCCGGGGUUGAGGGUGCGGACUGGUGUCCUGCGGCGGAUGGCGACACGUUGGGCAGUCCAGCUUUGGCUUACAGCACCGGAGGGCAGCUCGCCAUUUCGGCGGUGGUGUCCGGAAGUUCCGGAUCGCCACUUGCCGUACGCCAGCUUGCAUGCCUUCCGUUGGAGCACCCGCAAGGGUUGGGCGUGGUGUUUGAGAGCGUCCGUUGGCUGCUGCCAGACACGCUGCUACUGGGCGGCAGUCAGCUCGUGGAUGACGGUAACGGGGACGAGGGCGGUGACGAGUACAGCAGCCUACUGGUGCUCAGCGGCUGGGCGCCAAAUGCUGUGGCACCUCCGCAAGGUGCCGCGUUGCACACGGACCUUCCGAUGUUCGUGGAGGAGGACAGCACUCCGCGUCUGUCCGGCCCUUACCUGCAUGCUGUAGCGGUUCCUCGCUGGGGUGCACUUGUUCGCUGCCACCGCAAGGCAGUGGACGACCACGUACGACUGAUGCGAACUGCUGAGGGGGAAUUCGGGUCUGGAGGAAGUCCGCAGGCGGUUGCUGUGACGGAGGAGCCCAUGAUGAUCCGGCUGCCCAACGGCCCUGACGGCGGCAGCAACUACGUGCUAGGUUUGGGCUUGGACACCAGCAUGCCCCUGGAUCCCCUGCCCAACCCGCUCAGCGCGGAGAAGCCUCCCCUGGUGCCUCCGCCCGUGCUGCUCAUCUUGACUUCGGACGGCGUGCUGCGCGUGUACGGAUUCGGUCACGUGGAGCUCACCACGCCGCUGCGACCCCGCGCUGAUGCAGCCGUGCCGCUGCCGACACAGCAGCCCGAGUGGGCUGUCACGCAGCGGUCGGUUGACGUAGCCACGAGUGGCACGCCGCCCUCUUUAUCUCUACUCGACAUGACGGACGCAGCUGCCAAGGCAGCCCUGCCAAGUGAUGGUGAUGAUGACUUACUCGGGGACGAUGAUCCUGCAACCGCAUGGAAGCCCGGGGGCUCCGAGACCAGGAUGUCAGACACGUCUUCCCCUGCCGCCAUAUCCAUGGCGCCGUCUGGAGCCGCCUCGCAUCCAGGACCGGUCCCAGCUGGUAGCCUGCCGUCUGCUGGUGCGUCCGAUACUGGUUUGGUGCAGCUGAAUGCCGAAAGUGUAACAGCCGCGGAGGACCUGGCAUCACGCGUUGCAUUGCCGGAUUCUGGGAGUGAUGACGGUCUGCUGGAGGAUGAGGACGACGACGCACAGGAGCGGCGCCGGGCCGCAGCGGCUGCAGGUAUCGCAAGCGACUCCGAGAGCGGCGAGGAGGUGACUUCCCCAGGUGUCGUACCGAGGUCGCAAACCCAGCCAGUUUCUGGUCCACCUUCUGCCGUCGGGGAAAAAACGGCCCAGCCGUCAACCGUGACCUUCCCUGCGGCCUGUGACGCCUUCGGCGGUGGGAUGUUUGGCUCGGCAGCUUCUUCAAAGCCGUCCGGCCUAACGUUGGGUAGCACCUUCGGUGGCUUUGGAGCAGGAUUCUCCAUGUUUGGUGCGAGCACGUCCAAUCCGCCCACAACCGCCAGUCGUUUUGGCGCAAGUGCACCUACGCCCCCCAGCAUGCCGACCGGCGACUUCUGUUUCGGCAGCGGGUUUGCUGCGGCCUUGCCAACGUCCAGCAGCACACCCGCUGCCCCGCCGAGCCCCUGGGGCAGUGCGGUAACGACGGGUUUGCCGACAGGCCGCAGCGGGAAAGCGGGAACCGCCGCGUCAGUGCAGCUGCAGCCUACGGUGGCAGAGCUGGACCAGGCGGAAGAUGUGGGGUUCUAUUUCAAGUAUAUUGGCGGCAUUACCUUUGCGAACUUGUCAUCGGCGCUCGAAGCACCGGGUGCCACGUCCAUGGUGACGGCCAGCAGCAAGCACGGGCUCGUUUUCUUCAGUGACCUUUCAGGCGUGUACGCGGUUCGGACAGACGACCUCCUACCCAGGCUUUGUACAAAGGUUGCCAGUGAGAGCUAUGUGACCCCCCGGCCGGCAGACGUUUGCCUCUGGCACAAGCCGCUGGGGGGAAUCACGCAGCUGGCACUGUCGACAGAUGAAUCUGUGCUGGCAGCAGUUGACGGACCGGCAGGCAGCCUCGGCGGCAUUAAGCAGUUCUCCUGGUGCAAGGCAGUGGAACAUCGCGCGGGCAGCGGCAGUGGCCCUGGCGUGUUCCUUGUCGUGGACGCUGACCGGUCACUGCGUGUUGGGCGCUAUGGCGACGCCGAUAGCUUUGUGGUGGUGGCUUCGUCCGGGGUUGAGGGUGCGGACUGGUGUCCUGCAGCGGAUGGCGACACGUUGGGCAGUUUAGCUUUGGCUUACAGCACCGGAGGGCAGCUCGCCAUUUCGGCGGUGGUGUCCGGAAGUUCCGGAUCGCCACUUGCCGUACGCCAGCUUGCAUGCCUUCCGUUGGAGCACCCGCAAGGGUUGGGCGUGGUGUUUGAGAGCGUCCGUUGGCUGCUGCCAGACACGCUGCUACUGGGCGGCAGUCAGCUCGUGGAUGACGGUAACGGGGACGAGGGCGGUGACGAGUACAGCAGCCUACUGGUGCUCAGCGGCUGGGCGCCAAAUGCUGUGGCACCUCCGCAGGGUGCCGCGUUGUACACGGACCUUCCGAUGUUCGUGGAGGAGGACAGCACUCCGCGUCUGUCCGGCCCUUACCUGCAUGCUGUAGCGGUUCCUCGCUGGGGUGCACUUGUUCGCUGCCACCGCAAGGCAGUGGACGACCACGUACGACUGAUGCGAACUGCUGAGGGGGAAUUCGGGUCUGGAGGAAGUCCGCAGGCGGUUGCUGUGACGGAGGAGCCCAUGAUGAUCCGGCUGCCCAACGGCCCUGACGGCGGCAGCAACUACGUGCUAGGUUUGGGCUUGGACACCAGCAUGCCCCUGGAUCCCCUGCCCAACCCGCUCAGCGCGGAGAAGCCUCCCCUGGUGCCUCCGCCCGUGCUGCUCAUCUUGACUUCGGACGGCGUGCUGCGCGUGUACGGAUUCGGUCACCCGUGCCGCUGCCGACACAGCAGCCCGAGUGGGCGGCUGUGGUACGGCCUGGGCUCCGUGGACGGACUCUUGACUCUGAGCAUGAGAGGCGGCGUGGGGGCUCACCGGGGUUAG